AUGAACUCGUACACGACGAUUUCAGCCAGUGCCGGCGAAGGCGUUGGCGACGGCAGCCGCAGCGGUUCCGUGAGCACUCAUGCAAGCAUGGAAGCAUCGGGCUCCGCAGCCUCUCACAACGGGCCCACCUCGUCUGCAGUCAGCGGUGGGGCAGAUCCCAUGCAGAUCUCAGAAGCUCGACGUCGUGGUCUUGGUCUGUUCAACGGCGAGCCACAUUCAUCGCCUGCAUCGCAAUCCUCUUCUCCCCUAUACCACCAAUCGCAAAGCAGCCGUCAGCUACAAUACUCGCACCAAGCUCAGCACUACCAGCAGCAGCAGUCGUCAUCCCAUCAACCUCAGCAUCCAUUAUACCAUCGCUCUUUUCACCAACAUCAACAUGGCAGCAACUCCAUAAGCAGCUCUGCCGGUUUCCGACCCGAGUCCACAGAUAGCGCCCUCACGCCUGCCUUUUCGAGCAACAACAUCCCACACAGCAGUCCAAAUCUCUUCAACGACGACGUGGAACUUCCAUCUGUGUCUGGUCAUGCUUCAACAGGCGUCUCUGCCGACAUCUCCAGCCAGAUCUUGAUCGCCAGCAUCGUCCAAAGGCUGGUCAACAAGUUACCAUGCAACUCGGGCUUGCGGCUUGGUGUCGUCGAGGGGGACGACUUGGUCCGCUCGUGCGUCAUGCAUCUCAUCAACCUCAGCCGCUUCCAGCUCGGCGUUGUCGUCAAGGAAUUGCUCGGAGCUAUCGAGGUCCUCGUCAAGCAAUCGUCUCAGCAGCGUCUCGAACAGCAGGCUAGCAUCGGAAUGCUCCACUCGCAGCUCUUCAUUCUCAAGAUCUUGGUCUCUUGUCUCAACCAUCAGUGGCGCAUCGCUUCGGGCACCAUAAACAGUCCUCGACCCGGACUCGAUCCGCUUCCGGAAACAGCCAGCACUCGCGGCACAAACGAUCAGAAUCAUCCAAAGCAAGCAGCUUCCACGUCAGCCCUCGGAUGGACCGAUCCACCUGCCAUGGACGAUACGCAGGCCAAACAUGUCCUCAGCGUCAUGACCUUGCUCAUCAAGCAGACCGUCGUCAGAGAGGAUGCUAGCUUUUCGUCCAUCCACGAAGUUGUCGAAUCGCGCUCCUCCGCCAAAACCGACCCUGCUGCAUCCAACGCGACGACUGGCCGUGCUGUCCCGUCCGAACGAUCGUUUCGCGACCUCAGCCUUCGCGAGACCGCAGCGAGCUUGUCCGGCAACAAGAGCUUCGGUGGUCACUCGAGCUCGAAGUUGGCGCGCGACGACACCGAGGCUCGCGACGACGCUGGCGCUUCCGGUCUCGGCGACAAGUUUCCCGAAGUCUUCAUGCCCAGCUCUCUGUGCCUCGCUGCGUCGACGAGUCUCUAUAUUCUCUAUCCUUGCUUUCCCCCGACCCGCUCGCCAUUCGACACGCCGCCAAGCAUCGAUCACGUCGAUCUGGCCAGCGCCGCUGCUGCUGCCGCCGCCGUCACCAAGGCUCAGUCUUCAUCGCCCACCGACAAACACGAGAUGGUCGACGUCGGCCCCACCGCCAGGUUCAACGCCUCCUCUUGGUCUACCACUUCCUUCAGCGCUGACGCCAGCGGUUUCGACGUGCCCAAUCAUCUUCAGACCCGCAUCUACCGUUACGCGAGUCAGAUCGUCUUCUACCUCAGCUCGAGCAACUGGGUCGUCGUCAACGCCCGUCUCCGCAAUCGGCUCUACUACCUUAGCUCCACCAUCGAGGAGGCCCCGAGCACGGCAGAGCUGCGUUUGCUCGAAUGCACCAACUUCAACCGCGCUCGCCUCGCCAGCGUGUUGCAGGAGGUCAGCGUCUCGUUCCCACAGCUCAAACGCAGCGCACAGUAUGCUGUCGCCUUGACGCUUCGCCGUGCGAUUUGGUCGUGGAUCCAGUAUCACCCCGAGGAAUACGCCAGCCUGGCCUCGGCCAACCGUCGUUUCGAAGGAAGCCCGGACGUGGUCUUUGAUCAGGUCUAUAACCUCGCAGACACCACCAAGCGCAAGAUCGCCUUUUGGCCCUUGCUGACGUCUCUGCUCGUCUUGUGUCCAGACCUUGUCGGCAAGGCCGCUGUCGGCGAGAACCGCAAAGCGAGCGGCAGUCUCGCAAAGAAGCUUUCGUUCAUCGACGGCCUGCGCAAGCCUCCUCGCAACAAUGCGCUCAUCGACGUUGCCACGCUCUGCUGCGUCGACAUCUUCAAGGCCGCAGCGUCCGUACCGUCUUCCGACAACGGUCUUCGCCUCAUUUACCACGAUCUCGUCGCCGAGGUCAAGGGGCGGCUCUUCGAUCCCAAGAAACCCCUCGCCAGCGGUAACAAGCCGAUCGAGCUCAUGCUCACCACCGAUCUGUUUGCUGCGUCCUUUCGCCUCGAUCCACAACGCACGAUUCGCGAACUUGUGCCGGUCUGCAUGGCCGAAUCGAGCCCCACCCACUUCAAGAUCGCGGUUGUGAAAGCAUGUGUGCUGCUCACCAGCGAACAGCAUCGCAUGCCAUGGGCUCCCGAGGUCAGCCUGUUGUAUCCGCAUAUCUCACGUCCCCUUCGAGCCCUGUUCAGGGAGAUGACCUUCCGAUUGCCGCGCUUCGACAACCGUGAGCUGGCUCGAAAGCGCGCAGCGGCACGCGUGACUUCGUCGGCCCACUUCCGCCAUGUCUCGCUGUCCGGAUCCGCGGCAGCCGCAGCCUCGAGCGUCGAGGAGCUUGGUCGCCUUGAUCUGCUCCAAUCCAUCUUGCAGCUAUGGACGCUAGAUAUUGCUUCGCUGGCCUACAACAUCGACUAUGAGCAAUCAGAGGCUUUCUCGUCUCUGUCGGGCGGCAGUACAACGUUUGACCGGGAAACCAUGCUGCGCAACGCCAUGUCCGUCGAUAGCAUGCUCGGCUUCACAGCUUCGGUCUGUUCGCUCUUCUUUACACCGCCAGAAUUCACGACAUUCCGCAAAAGCUGUGCUGCUCUGCUCGGUCGGGUCUACCAUUCCGGUCUGCUCGAUUCCAGAUACGCCGCAUUCUGCGAGCACCAGCGUCACGUGGCGCUUUCCUGCUUGCCCUUCUUCUUUACCAUCCUCACCGAGCAGCUCAUGUCGACCGACGACCUCGACAUGCAGCGGCACUUCCUGGACCUUCUCCGCCGCUCGCAGCAGAGGCGUGGCUUCUUCAUCAGCCAGGACGAUGACUGGAGCAUCACCGUUCAAUCGUCGUUUUAUCCGCCGGAGCACGAGCGCAAGCUCGAGUAUCUCUGGGUGCAGCUCGUCACAUUGCUCAUGAUCUGUUCGAGCGACACCGAGGUCUGCUCCCUCGCCAUGCAGUGUGCACGAGACCACGCACAACUCACCGUCGUCAUCAGCGACUACUACGAUCCACUUUCUGCCGAAUGGAUCCGGCUGUACACCGACCUGGCCGAUCCUAGCUUCCUUCACACGGGCCGCGUUGCUCAGCAAAAGCGGAUUCGAGCGCUGUUGCGCGACAUUGAAGCUCCUUCCGCUGCCAGCUGGCUCGCUUGGAAGGAGGCAUACUCGCGCUGGUCUGGCUUGACCCAGCUGGUCGCCCGUCCGAUGGCGGAACACACGCUGGCCGCACAGGAUAAAGCGGCACAAUGGCAAAACUAUGCAGGCUUUCUGUGUGCAUUUGGAGGCGCCUGCUUCUCAGCUUCCGCCACCAUCAGCUCCGAGAUCGAACCUAGCAUCGCCAAAAUUCUGCCACGCUUCUCCAACCUCGACGAACAGCCUGCGGUGCUGGUCGAGCGAUUCGUUCAAGAGAUGGUGGAUCUGCUCGUCUCAGACUCGCUGUGGAUCCGAGAGAAGGCAAAGGAAACGCUGGGUGUCGAUCUCGGUCCUCGCCUGAUCAGCAUCCUGUUCCGCCAGAUCCAUGCCGUGCUCAGCGACUUUUUCGACAAGCAGACAGGCUAUCCGAAGAUCAGCGACAUGUACACCGUCUUCGUCGAGCAGAGCAUCGGUGUUGCCACCAUGGUGCUCAAUCGCCUCGACGAGGCCAAAGCGGCUUCGUCCACGUCCAAGGUCGACAUUGGCUCCUUGAUGGUCCUCUUUGUCGAGUACGCCAACUCGCUUGGACGGGAUGAGCAGGCUCUACGCAUCAAGGCGGCCAUGUGUCAGAUGUGCGAAGCGCUGAUGCGCAAGAAGGCCGCCUUCAGCUUCUCGAACGAGCUCCGUGUCCGCAAUCGUCUGUUCCAGGCCCUGACUACGUGGACCUCCGAUGGUGCGGAAGGUGGAUCCUUUUCGAAUGCGUCCGAUGCCCUCGAUCGCCUUCAUCGCGAUCUCGACGUCGCGUGCCUCAAGUGCAUCUCAAUCCUGCUCGAUAAGCUGCCGUUGCUGCUCGCUGACGAUGCGCUCCUUCUCGACGACAAGGUGGAAGGCGCCAAGACACGACAUUUUGCCAUGUACUUUGGGUACUUCAUCAAGAUUCUCAACCGCACGCGAAAUCUGGAGACGGCGGCGGCCGUACGUGCACGAGCUCUGACGGAUGCAAAGGCGAUGGCGGGCACGAGGAACAACAAAAGCGACUCGGCGCGCGACUACACUCCCCUCCGAGAAUCGGCCAUCUUGGCGCUUUCGAACCUUCUGGCGUCCAACAUCGACAGUGGACUGCACAAUUCGCUACCUCUCGCCUAUCACGAGGAUGCACGUCUCCGCACUGCCUUCAUGCAGAUCAUGACCAACGUCCUCAACCAGGGCACCGCCUUUGACGAGCUCGAACGCAUGAGUGGGGCACGUAGGUCGGCCCGUCUCGUGGACUUGGUCUGUCAGGAGAACCUUCAGCUUGCGCUCGCCAUCUGUCAUGUAUGCCCCGGCCGCGACGUGGAACCGAUGAGCGUGCUCUUGCUGAGCAUGUUUGACGCAAAAGGCGGCCUCAUCCGCUUCCUUAAGGCGGCGGUCGAGGAAGAAAUCCAGCGCACUGCGACGGAGGAGAUGGUGUUCCGCAGCAACUCGUUCUGCACCACACUGCUCUCCACCUUUGCAAAGACGCACGGCUACGACUACCUUCGCUCCAUCAUGGCACCACUCAUCACCGAGUUCGCCCGCAAGCCACUCGGCUUCUCGGUGGAAAUGGAUCCGACGCGCAUUGAGCCAGGCGGAAGUGUCUUUGACAACCAGGCGGCUCUCGAGGAGAUCGCUCAGGCCUUCAUCGACGCCAUCUGCUCUUCGGCGCAUCGUGUGCCUGCAGUCCUGCGCGAGCUUUGCCGUCACAUUCGUGACGUCCUUGAUGCACGUUUCCCUGCUUCGCGCUACCAAGGCGUGGGAGGUCUCAUGUUCUUGCGUUUCAUCAGCCCCGCCGUCGUAUCGCCGCACAUGAUCGACAUCAACCUCACUGGGCCGAGCAAGGACCUGCGACGCGGCUUGGUUCUGAUCAGUAAGAUCCUCAUCACGCUCGCCAGCAACAAUCUAUUUUCAGGCCACAAGGAGCCCUUCAUGACCGGCCUCAACGACUUCCUCAAGAGCAACGUCUGGAAGGUGACUGCCUUCCUCGAUCAGGUCUCGGAUGCGCGCACAGAUCCGGAUCGUGUCUACGCUGCCGACCAACCACUUGGCUACGGUAUUCAUCCUGGCGUCUAUGGAGUCAGCGAGCGGGACCAGAAGACGUUGCACAAGUUCCUCUUCGAGAACGUCGACAAGCUCGGCAGAAAUUUGGCAGAUCGCGCCUCCAAUCCGACGACAGCAGAGGACCCGAGCACCUCUGUCUACUCCAGCGAGCUGCUUUAUCGACGCAGCGACGAAGCCAAGCUCGUCUACGAUGAGCUGUGUGAUGCAUUGGCCACCGCUGGCGAGCCCAAGGGUGAUGACCUGCCUGAGCCCUCUUUCGGCGCCCGCAACUUCCAGGACUUUGUACGCAGGCAUGCGGGAAGGAGCAUCGACGAGGAGAGCUAUCACUCUAUCUUCUACGAGGGACCUUUCUCUCGCGCUGGUCGACCCGUCCUCUACUACACCCUGCACAAGCAGAAAGCGGACACCAUCGACUUUGAGGGCCUCAUCUUCUACGUCCUGCAGACGCUCGAGCCGUUCGCUUAUCGCCAAUUCGACAUCGUCAUCGACACCACGGCCUGCCAGCCUUCCAACGUGACACCCAGUCAAUGGCUGCUCUACUUCAGCUCCUUGGUGCCAGCUUCGAUUCUCGCCAACGCAGUCAACGUCUUUUUCGUCAAUCCCAACACCAUCGCACGCGCGGAGCUGCAGUUCUGGAGCACAGCCACGUACAACGACUCCACGCUCAAACAUGAGGUCGCAGAUCGCAUGACCUCGCUGCAGAAUGUCGUGCACUGCUCCGCCUUGUCGGAAAUCGAGUUGUGGGUCGAAAGGCGCAAUCUCGCCUUGGACCAGAUGACCAUGACGAUCCUCGGCUCGCCUGCGGAGGUCAGCUUCGAUCAGAUCACCUUGGUCUGGUACUACCGUACCCUGACGCCGGUCACGUUCAACAUCGGCGGCGAGUAUCUGCAGAUCACCGGCUUGAAACAGCAAGACUGGCUGCCAAACACUUCCGUUCAGCUCAACGACGUCUUCCAUCUGUCCGACAUCGACGAUGUGCGCUCCAUCUCGAUCCGCGGUGACGACAAUACGUUCUUCCUGUCGUGCCGCAACGGCUCGAUGAACUUUGUCUUCACCAGUCGCGAGCGUUCCGAGGUGGUGCAGGCGUUGCGACAGGCAAAAGCACGUGCGUCCAAAUUCCGAGCCGACAACCCGGUCGAUCGUGUCCUGCGCCCGAACGACGUACCAGGCACGCUGCUCAACAUGGCGAUGCACAACAUCACCAGCAACGACUCCGCCUUGAGGCUCAGCGCUUACAACCUGCUCUGCGCGCUGUCAACUUCGUUCAACUUCGGCGCCAGCAGCGCCAAGAAGCGGCUGCUCAGCUCCCGCGGCCUGGCUCUUCCGGCCAACACGAUGGCGUUCGUCACGGACCUCAGCAAGGACUUUGCGGUGGCAGCACCGGGUGUCACUCUCGAGUUCUUGCUGUCCUUCUUCGAUGGCUUCGAGCGCGCAUCGCCCAGCCAAAAGACGGUCUGCCUGCACUAUCUGUCUCCCUGGCUGUCGAACCUCGUCAUGUUCGUGCACACCUCGCGUGAGGAGCAGGGCGAGCACCACCGGCGCAUCAAGGAGAUCCUUGGACAUCUCAUCAGCAUCACCACCAAGCAGCCAGAUAUGUACGCGAUCAUGCAGCGGUGCGUGUGGUCGCAGCUGAGCCGGCUGGACGACCUCAUCCCGACCUUCUUGGACGUGUUCGCCGAAGCCGCCAUGGACUCGGGCUUGCACACCGAGCGCUUCGAGGCCGUGCUCGACACGAUGGUCUCGUUCUCCUCGAUCAACAUGCGGGGCAAGCUGCUCUCCCGUUUGCGCAAGGUCGUGGCCAAGACGGCGCAGAAUCCGGUCGUUUCGCAGCUGCAUCUCAACGCCUCGUGGAAGGAGAUUGCGACGCUGGUGCGGAUGAAUAUGGUGCUGUCGUUCACCAACCGAGUCGAGGCGCUCCUAUACCUGCCCGAGCUGCUGCACGUCAUCUUGCUGCUCGCCGGCAAUGGUGUUGACGCGACACGCUAUUCCAUCUACGGCAGCGCCAUCAAUCUCGUACAUUCGCUCUGCACCGAGGAUCCGCGCGAGGCUCGGAAGCCGGAGGAGGCGACACCACGCAGUGCCGAGGCGGUGGCCAAGCUGCGCGUGUUGCUCGACCAGCUUUCCAAGCCCGAAUCGCUCAAGCUGUUCGGUCUUCCUGUAGCGUCGCAGAGCAGCGCUGUCAACGCAGCCUUUGGAGCAUCGCAAGAGAUCGUGCGUGAUGCGCCAGACAACGCAUCGAUCGAACGCCUGGCGACGCUGAUGUACGAGGUGGCCGAUGCUGCCGCGCCCAAUACGGACGCUGCCAACAGCUGGCGAGCCCGCCUGGCAAGCUUGGUCACAAGCACCGCUUUCCAGUACAAUCCGAUCAUCCAGUCGCGCGCCUUCGUGCUGCUCGGAUGUCUGGCGCAGGGCGAGAUCGACGACGAUCUGCUGUACCAGAUCCUGGUGUCGUUGCGCGGCUCGUUCUCCGAGUGGGCGAGCAGCAACGCCGACAUGACCUUGAUCAGCAUCGUGACGUGUCUAGGCAAGGUGGUGAAGAUCCUGCCCUCGCGAUCGCGCUACCUGCCGCAGAUGUUCUGGCUCGGCAUUGCGAUGGUGCAGUGCGGCCACAUUCCUUUGUUCAAGGCGGGCGUGGAGCUGAUGCAUUCGACGGUGGAGAGCAUCUGGGAGCGCGGCAUCCCGCUCGGCGAAGGAGACGACCUCAUCAACCACCUUCUGGAUGCCCGCUUCGAAUUCCGCGAUCUGGCCUGCAAGCUGGACGACGAGACGGGCGUCGACUUUGACAUCAACUUUUCGUUUGGCAUGGCAGCGCUGCUGGUGAAAGGGCUGCGACAUCCGUCCACCAAGGAGGCGACGACCAAGCUGAUGCAGUCCAUGCUGCAUCACUGCGGUGUGGAUGGACACGGCGAGCUGCGAUCCAGGAGCGGUCGCAUCUCGGAGCGACAGCUUGGCUUCUUUGUGGGUCUGCUCCCCACCGCAACGCGUCCCGAAGAGUUUGGUCAGCUGCUGGCGCUGGCCGGUGUCGACGCGAGCAUCUGCGAGGCAGCGGUCGAAUCGCGUCGCUCCGGCUACAAGGGAUUGCAAGAGUACCUGGACGUGCUGAACAACCGCAUCGCCUUGCUCCUGGUCACACUCGUCACCUCACUGCUGCAGCACGCCGAGUCGGACGGGGAGCGGCUGAUGCUGUACGGCUUCCUGAACGAGGCGGCGCGCGAGGUGCCUGCGAUCGUCAGCAUCCUGUACGACAGCCUGGCGCCAAGCAUGAAGGACAUCUUUGUCAACUGCUCCAACGGCGCCAUCCUCGAUGCGGUGCACGGCAUCGCCCAGACGGCGGUCAGCCAGCCCUUCUUCGCCGCCCAGGCAAGGGAGACUGCCAAACGCGGAGGCCCCACCGCCUACCUCGUCGAAUCUGGUUACGCCAGCUUGCUAGGCUGCGGCACCUUUGUGCCUCUGAUGGAAGGAAGGAGGCAUGUACUCUGCAAACUCAGCAUUCAGUUGGUGCUCGGUCUGACAGAUGUCGGCACCACGUAG